AUGCAUGAUGAUUCUAAUAAUAGUAACAGUAUAAAUACAAAUGAAACAACCAAGAUAUUGAAAGAAAUUAAUCCACUGGUGAUAAAUUCAUUAAAUCAUUUGAAAAAUCUACAAGGAGCAAAUCAUAAAAUGAGAAAAACAACUACUCCAUCAUCUGAUUUACAUAAUUAUAGACAAUUGAUAUAUGAAAAAGAAAGAGAGAUGGAUCAAUUGGCAACUCAAGAAAUUACACUCAAAACAGAAAUUGAAACUCAAAUUUUAUCAAAUUAUCAAAUUGAAAAUAAACAAUCCAAAUUAAUUACCUUGAUUAAUGAAAUAGAAUUGCAAAUAAAUGAAUUAAAUUCAUAUAGAGAUAAUUCAAUUGAAGAUUUGAAUAAGAAAUUUAAGUUACAGCAUCAAGAAAUGGUGGUUCAACAUACUGCAAAAUUAAAUAAUUUGAAAGAAGAAGUACUGAAUCAAAUUGAAUCAUUAUUGGGAGAAAAACAUAGAAGAUACGAGAAAGAAUUGAGUCAGUUGAAUGAGGAGAUUAAGGAGUUAAGGAGUGAGAAGUUGAAAUUAAGUGAGGAGUUUAAUUCAAAGUUGACAGAGUUAAAACAUAAUCAUUUAGAGAGGAAGAAGCAAAAAGUGACAGAAAUACAGAAGGAAAUUGAUGAGAAUAAACUAGAAUUGAACCAAUUACAAGUAUCUAUAACUACUAAGAAGCAAGAAGUUGAAAAUAUAAAUACUUAUAAAAUCCCCCUGGUUGAAAAAGAGCAUACUAGAUUUAAACAAAUACUUAAUCAAUUAAAAUACAAAAAUAUGGAUAAACAAAAUGAUAUAGAUCUUAUCAAGAAGCAAAUAGUGUCAACUAAGAAUAGAAUUUCACAAUUACAUGAAAAUGCACAAUUAAGAGAUCAAAACAUUAUUACCAUGAAAUUAGAUAUGGAGACUAUGAACAAAAAUUUAAUAGAGGUAGAAGCGUUAAGAAGGAAAUUACAUUCCAAAUUACAAGAUUUAAAGGGCAAUAUUAGAGUAUUUUGUAGAUUACGUUCAGUUGAAUCAAAUGAAUUAAUGGAUUAUACAGUUGUUGAAGAUGAAUUAAAUGAUGAUUCAAAGCAAGAAUUGGUAUUAAACAACCAAGAAAAGAAUACGUCUUAUAGAUUCCUGUUUGAUAAAAUUUUCAAUAUAAAACAUACCAAUGAUUAUAUAUUUGAAGAAUUAUCACAGCUUAUUCAAUGUUCAUUAGAUGGUCAAAAUGUAUGUGUCUUUGCAUAUGGACAAACUGGAUCAGGUAAAACAUUUACCAUGUCUAACUCACAUAAUGGUAUGAUCAAAUUAUCAAUUGAAAAGAUAUUUAAUAACAUCCAGGAUUUGAAAAAGCAUGGUUGGGAAUAUCAAUUAAAUGGUAAAUUUAUUGAAAUUUAUAACGAAUCAAUCAUUGAUUUAUUAAAUCCAGAUGAUGAGACCAAAAAAUUAAAACAUGAAAUUAUCCAUGAUGAUAUAAAUUUUAAAACUACAAUUACAAAUAUAACAAAUUAUCCAUUAAAUAGCUCACAACAAGCAAAUUUAUUAUUUGAUCAAGCUAAUAAGAAUAGAAGUACAGCAGCUACUCGUAUUAAUGAACGAUCAUCGAGAUCUCAUUCAGUUUUCAUUGUUGAAAUUAAAGGAAGAAAUUUAAAUACUGGUGUUGAAAUUAAUAGUGUUUUGAAUUUAAUUGAUUUAGCUGGUUCUGAAAGAUUAAAUGUUUCAAAAGUAGAAGGAGAAAGAAUGAAAGAAACUCAAGCUAUUAAUAAAUCAUUAUCUUGUCUUGGUGAUGUCAUAUAUUCAUUGCAUGCAAAAAUGGGACAUAAACCAUUUAGAAAUUCAAAAUUAACAUACCUUUUGAAAAAUAGUUUGAGUGGAAAUUCAAAAACUUUAAUGUUUGUAAAUAUCUCACCAUUGAAAAAGAACUUUAAUGAAACAUUGAAUAGUUUAAGAUUUGCAACAAAGGUAAAUAAUACAAAAAUAUAA